GGGCAGGAGGCUUUCUGGAGGCUCAGCCGGGUCGAGUUCAGCUUCGACACCAGCGAACGCACCUACUUCAAGGACGCCUUCGAGCCCGGAAAGCACACAGUCAGCUCGCACCGGCUCUCUGCCCUGGUCACCCCAGCUGGGAAGUCCUACGAGUGCCAGGCGCAGCAGACCAUCUCCCUCAGCUCUGGCGACCACCAGAAGUCUGUGCAGCUCCUGCUGUCGGAAGUGCGCAUCCAGCCCUUCGACAUCACCGCGGAUUUUGUCUUCAGUGAAGAACACAAGUGCCCAGUGGACCAGAGGGAGCAGUUGGAAGAAACCCUGCCGCUGAUUUUGGGCCUGAUUCUGGGGUUGGUUAUCGUGAUAACCCUCUGUGUUUACCAUAUCCACCACAAGCUGACGGCCAACCAAGUGCAGAUUCCUCGGGACAGAUCUCAGUACAAACACAUGGGAUAG